AUGUCGUUCUUUAAUAAUCUUAAGAAGGUGCUGCACCUAGGCAGCGGCAAUGAUGCGAAGAAAAAGAAGGUGUUUAACAACAUCCGCGACAACAGCGACCCCUCGGAGAACUGGGAUAUGGUCGGAGAGCUUGGAGAUGGAGCAUUUGGCAAGGUAUAUAAAGCCCAACACAAGGCGACGGGUCAGCUGGCGGCCGCGAAGAUGUGUGUCCUUGACAACGAGGAUGACCUGGCAGACUUUACAGUGGAGAUAGACAUCCUAUCCGAAUGCCGGCAUCCUAACGUUGUAGAGUUACAUGAAGCGUACUUUAUUGAUAAUAAGUUAUGGAUGCUACUAGAAUACUGCGACGGUGGCGCCCUCGAUUCAGUGAUGGCGGAACUAGAGAAGGGUCUGAACGAGAUCCAAAUAGCGUACGUCUGCAGGGAGAUGUGCAAAGGUCUACAGUUCCUGCAUUCAAAAAGAGUUAUACAUAGGGAUCUGAAGGCUGGCAACGUAUUGGCUACCAUGACCGGUGGUGUCAAGUUGGCGGAUUUCGGCGUUUCAGCGAAGAAUAAGUCGACGCUACAGAAACACGACACGUUCAUAGGGACGCCAUAUUGGAUGGCGCCUGAAGUCGUGUUGUGCGAGACUUUCAGAGAUCAUCCUUAUGAUUUUAAGGUGGACAUCUGGUCAUUAGGUAUCACUUUAAUAGAGUUCGCCCAAAUGGAGCCGCCGAACCAUGAGAUGACGCCCAUGAGAGUGCUGCUGAAGAUCCAGAAGAGUGAACCGCCCACUCUGGACCAGCCCUCCAAGUGGAGCAAAUCGUUCAAUGACUUCAUAUCUAAGGCUCUUGUUAAGGACCCAGAAAAGAGGCCGACAGCCGUAGAAUUGUUGAAACAUGAGUUUGUCAACGGGAAGCUGGAUGCGAAGCCUCUGAGGGACCUACUCUUGGAGUACAGAGCUGAGGUCGUCGAGGAGGAGGUGCUCGAUGAUGAUUCAGAGGAGCCGCGCAGCUCACAUAUCCCUAUGGAGGAAGAUGACUCUACCUCCGUCCGCUCAGCCGACACACCGGACGUCAAGAUGUCGGAAGAGCCCACAGCGGGUACGACCCCGGUGGGCACGGCGCGGCGCGCGCCACCAUCCCCCGCCGCGCCCCCGUCCCCCGCGGCCGCUCCCCCGUCCCCCGCGGCCGCUCCCCCCGCCCCCGCCGCCGCGCCCUCGCCCCCCGCCGCCGCGGCCGCGCCCCCGCCCACCAAGCGUCCACACGAAGACGAACACCCGCCUGCUGACAGGAAACCACCCGCACCAAAAAAAGAGAAAGGUCCGGCCCCCUUACCCCCUUCAUCGACCCCCGCUACCCCGACCACCACCGCUCCCCCCACCGCCACGACUCCCGCUCGCAAGCAACCCGCGCCUCCCCCUCCAGUCCCACCUCCCACACAGACUCGACAACCAUCCCCCUCUCCGUGCCCCACUCCGUCCCCCACUCCCCCUCAGACUCCCUCGUCGUCCCCCGCAAGAGACGAGGUCGUGGACACCGCUACUACUGGCAGGCUGAUUGUAGACCAGGUAUGCAGAGACGCAGAAAAAGCAGUAGAAAACAAGAAAUCCGAAACAAAACCCAAAAACGAACCAAAACCGUUAGAAACAGACAAACAAACACAUAUACAAACAAAACAGAACAACGUAGAAGAUAAUAAAGUCAAAACAGAGAUAGAAAUUGAAAAGAGAGAGUCGGUUAAGAGAGAGUUAGAGAAGAGAGACUCGAUAGAGAAGACUGGUGUAGAAGUAAAUAGAGUGAGUGCAGAAGUAAGUAGGUUAGAGAAGAUUGAGAAGAGUUUCUCUCGGUCCGGUUCUACGGAUGAAGAGGAGAAGAGAAGAGAUGUUGAUAGGAGAUCGCAACAUAAUGCUGUGGAGAUUAGGCCUGUGACGCCGCCUCAACCCAAAGAUUCGCCGUCGAAGCAGCCGAAGCCUACCGUGGUGGUGCAGCCGGUGAGCCCGGUGGUGGUGGCCGUGAAGGACAGCGUGGUGGUGGUGGAGCCCAACAGCCUGGCGGCGUGCCCGGCCGGCCUCGUCACCGUCACCACCACGCACCCGCCCGUACUCAGCACCGCCGCCGCGCUCCCACCAAACGCGGUGACAAUAUCGACGACGCCGCCCAUAGCUGACGAGGUGGUGAUAGUCGGCGCCGGGUCAUCAUCAGACGAUGACUGCUUCGCGCCAUCGUCGCUGGACUCCUUGGAUUGUACGCACUAUAGCGAAAAAACUCGAGGUCGUCGCCUGGACAGCAGUGAGGUUCUGAUCCUCAGUCCCACUGCGGCCGCCACCGACUCGGGAGUCUUCGACGAUAGCGUCACCAACGGACUGCAUCUGGACACAUCCCACGUAUCAGUAGUGACGGUGGGCAACGAAGAGAUACGGGUUCGAGACUCGGCCGCGACACACAUCGCUCUCGGCUCAGUCAGUACUCGGCUCAGUCCAGAUAGCUUUGAGAGCAGGUCCCAGUCGGACAGUGGGUCGGUGUCGUCGGGGUCCCGCGCGGCCCGCGACGCAGACUCGCUGAGCGCCGCCACGCCCACCAGCGCCUCCCACGACGACCAGCUGCAUCUGGCGCAUCUGGGGACCGAGCUCAACGGGGGCGCCAGAGUAAACGCUGACACCCAAAAUCUAGACAACGGCACUGAAGAGCCAGUGGUCCUCAGAAGAAAGCAACAAGAUGGCCAGCCAGUCAACAGGAUACAGAGGUCUAAAGAAGAUAUCCAUAUGGCCAACUUGAAGAAGAAGACGAGGAAACGCACGAGGAAAUUCGAGAUAGAUGGCGUUAUUGUAACAACUACCACUUCUAAGGUGAUAUGGGGCGACGAAGAGAGCGGUCGUACGUGGGACGACCACGCGCUUCGGAAGCAGGAGCUGCGCGAGAUCAAGAUGUUACAGAAGCAGGAACAGAAGCAGUUCCAGGACCUCAACGCCAAAGAGACACAGCUUAGGGAACAACAGGAUAAGAGGUUCGAAGCGGAACUGGUAGCGCUGGGCAGGGCGCACGAGUCGGACCUGGAGGCGCUGGGGCGGGCGCAGCGCGCGGCCGCGGAGCGCGCCGACGCGGCGCUGGAGGCCGAGCUGCGCCACGCCGGCAAGCGCCUGCGGGCCGACCACGAGCGGGACCUGCGACACUUCCGCGACACGCUCAAGCAGGAGCUGCGGCUGCUCAAGCAGGAGGUCGAGCUCGUCGCCAAGGAGAGGCGCAAGGACGCGUACCGCGUGCGGCGCGCGCGGCUAGACGCGGAGCACGCGGAGCGCGAGCGGGCCUUCGUGGCCGCGCUGGCAGACGCCGCCGACACCGUGCUGCGCCGCAUACACGACGCGCACCGCGACCGACAGGCGCUCGCAGACAGGCAGUACCUGCAGCAGCGCCACCAGAUAAUGCGAACACGCGAAACAGCGCUAUGGGAAUUGGAAGAGAAACAAAUCCACGAACGACAUCAGCUCGCCAAGCGACAGCUCAAGGACGAGUUCCUGCUGCGGAGACAUCAGAUGCUCGUCCGACAUGACAAGGAACUGGAGCAGAUCAAGAGGAAAAAUACUCGUAAGGAGGAGGAAUUAGCGAAGGUUCAGGCGUUAGAAAAGAGAUCCUUGCCUAAGAGAAUCAGAGCGGAGCAGAAGGCGAGGGAGAUGAUGUUCCGUGAAUCGUUGCGGAUCAGCGCCAUGAACGCGCCCUCACAUGAGGACGAGAGGGAGAGGCUGAAGAAGUUCCAAGAAAACGAGAAACGCAGAUACCGCGCUGAACAGCAACGCCUAGCGACCAAACAUGCCAAAGCGAGGGAGGAGCUCAAAGCCGCUGGAGAGGCGUUACUCCGAGAGCUGGAGCAGUACCAGAAUGAGAAGCGCAAGGCUCUGAUGAACCACGAGAGCAACAAGAUGAAGGCCGUCGAGGAGAGAUACUCGCAGGAGUUGAAGGAGUGGCGCGCCACCCUCGGGGACAGGAAACUGAAUAUCAUAAAGUCCUUCGAGAAACACCUGGAUGAUCACGAGAAAAAGUUUGGCAUACCCAUACCAGACCGAGGAGUUUAUCUAAACGCUCCAUGGCCGAAAAAUGUUCUACAACAUGUUCUAAGCGCUUACCAGCAAAGGACGUCCUUUAUUGGAUCCCUGUCGAGAUCCAGGACCAGUUUGAACUUCCUAUCCGCAGCGAAUACCCCCAAUAUGGAUCGCAGAAGGAGUAUCAGCCCAAGUAGAACGACGAAAUCUGCUGCAGCCAGCGCUAAUAACACGACAAAGAGAGGGAAACUCACUAAAGGCAACCGCUAUGCCUCCACUUCAAACUUAAAACUGGUUUCCGACAAAAUAUCAGGGUUCUCAGUCUUUAACUCGAGCGAUGAUUGGCGUAGAGAACCGAUUAUGGCUUUUGGAGACGACAGAAAGAUUGCAGAAGAAUCUGAGAGGCCUAAAGAUAAGAAAUUGAAUAGACAAUCGUUGUCCGAACAUCUUCUGAAGAAGGAACAGCCUCCGACAAUGAAAAGAAGUAUCUCACAACAGAGUUUAAAACAGGAUAGGGCCUUAGAAGCAGUCAUGAUCGAUCUACCGUCUCUAGAGACCCCAUAUGCGACCAUGAGAAGUGAUCGAAGUGAUAGCACGUAUACCGUUGACUCAGAUGAUGUGGAAACCCAUUUUAGUCGGUGGGGUCCCGUAAGAGGGUCGAAUAGUUACUCAAAUUCGGACUUGCCUGUCAGUCAGCUGUCCACGCUUAACGUAAGAAAGUCCAUAUUAUCGGAUAAAACAGAUGGACCACCGGAUUCUGUUGUUUAA